AUGGGUGCGGAUGUGCCUGUAUUUAUAGUGCUGGGCACCCCAGAUGGCGAUGGGUGGUUUGGGCCGAUGGGAUGGUGUUUUUGUGGGGGAGGAGGGGUGUGGAGUUUAGGGAUCGGGAGAUGGAUGUAUGUGUUCGAUGGGCGUACUGCAGGAGGCGCCGCUGGGGAUGUCGAAGGUGUCGGGAGAAACUGCGGGUAUUUGUGUGAGUUUUUGGUUUUAAAGGGUACAAACAGGUACAGAUUUUCUGGAGCAGUGUCCAUAUAUCAACCACAGUUUUUUGCAUUUGUCUGCUUUUCUGAUUUCUCGAGUUCUCGCGGUUUCUCUCAGUUGUGCUCUCAAUUGUACUCCGAUGGGUGGGGCCAUUCUGCAGGACUCGGGGCUAAGCGCAUGCCCACAUGCACGCCGUCGCCUGUUAUCGGCCUGUGUGACGUCUACGCUUCUGUUCGGACUUGGUCGGUGGUGGUCGAGAGACGCAGUCGGGCUUGUUGGUCGGGCCCGGCGUUUGUGGCUUCCAUUUGCUGGCGUUUAGGUCCUCUGGUUGUUGGGACUUGGGCACUGCGUUUCGGCGCUUGGAGCAUGGAUCUGGGAGGUUUUGCAGCCAUCCCCAGUACGCCUCUUCUUGAGCUGGGAUAUUUCUGA